AUGGUACGGCAGGCAAGGGCGGACGCGUUGGCGGGUGGCACCAAGGCCAAGAACGCUUUUGCGGCACUGAUGAAGGGGAAGGCAGCCGACGAGGAGCCGCCUGCGGACGAUGCCUCGCCGGCUGCAGACGCUGCCUCGCCGCCGCCUGCUUCCAAAGAGAAUGGCGCAACGUUCCGGCAGUCGCUCAUCCUUCUGGAAGAGGUCGACAUCCUGUUCAAGGAGGACACGAAUUUUUGGCCCUCCCUCGUCACGUUCAUCAAGUCGAGCCGGCGCCCAGUGGUGUUGACGUGCAACGACCUAUCGAUCGUGCCUUUGUGGGCCUACGACAUCCCCCUGCAACAUGUCCUGCAUUUCUCGCGCUGCCCAGCCCCGCUAGCGACUUCUCUCUUGCAAUCUCUGUGCUACAAACACGCGCGCCUGGUGCCGCGUGAAGACAUCGCGCGCUUCUGCGACUCCCGGUUCGACGCCGAGGACACGCGAGCGGCUUCUGGCUGUGAUCUGCGGCAUGCGAUCAACGCGCUGCAGCUGCAUUGCACGACGCGUGCGGGGGGGAGGAAGAGGGAGGAAGAAGAGGAGCUGGAUGUGUUGAAUUGGGAGGAUUCGGAGGAAUCUGGUGGGGGAGACCCGGUCGUUGCGGCGGCUGCUCGCUCGGUGCAUAGGCGGCGGCAGGCGGUGCACUCUGAAUUGCUGUCAUUCAUGGAUGCGCAUGCGUGCAUUCGCAGUUUGGGACAGAUUGACCCCUGGGCUCGUAGCGCGCCUGCCGACGAUGAUGAGCUGGGGCACCAGGUGCUCUUCGACCUGCCGUCGUACCCCGACGUGGACGUCGCCUUCCGCGACCGCGUGGGCGAGCUCGCGGCCACGGCGGCACGUUUGUCUGCACGCGCCGCACGUGGGCCAGGCGUGGAUGUGCCGCCGUCAUCGCCGCCACGUCCGCGCGCAUGUUACGGUGCGCGUGCGCUGUUCCGCGCUCGCGUGGAGAACGCGGAGCGCGUCGCUCGACUGCGUGGCAUCCCCGUGCUCGCUAGUGCCGGCGGGGAUGAGGCACUGUUCCUUGAUUACCUGCCAUAUGUGCGCCAUAUGGCUGCCACGGACGACGCGCUGGAGAGGCUCGCGAUGAGCGGCGCUGGCGGCGGCGUCGCGCGCGGGCGAACGACGAGGAACAGCCUGCGCGCGCAAUAUGUUCGGACGGUGGAUCUGACGGAGGGGCAACGGGAAGCGCUGGCAGCUACUGCGCUCGUGGGAUAG